GGAUAAAGAAGGGUUAUGGAUGUGGGGGGAAUAACCUCCUCCUUUCUGGGCCCUGAUGAAAAGGCACCGUUUCCACCCUUUGCAUAAGCCCCUUCCACGCACACAGGAACCCGACAGGUGUGUCCCACUAAAACGAGAAUAGACGCCGUGCGAUUCCCCAUUCGGCCACUGGAGGGCGGACGCCAGAGGUGAUUUACCAUAGGAGAAUGGGAGGGAAGUGACUUCACUGGAUCUGACGACUCUAUUUAACCCUUUGAGCUUCGCAGGAGGUAGGAAUGGGUGCCGGAAAGUCUUAAAGGGGGGAGAACUACAGGUGGGCAGAAAAUUGGAAACCAUUUGUAGCGCAUCUCUGGGAGGCAAAAAAAUUGGGCACCAUUUAUACUGACUCAUUUGGAGGCAAACAAAUGGACCAUGAAGGCUGAAAGACUUGCCUGACUAUUGUUACAUGAAUGGUACUAUGAAAACAAAGGUGUUUGGAGAUUCAUAAGAUUCCCUAGACCCAUUUGGCAUUGCACUACAAGACAAAGAAUGAAAAGCCAAUCUUUAGGAAGUGAAGGAAUUGGAAAAGACCCUCUUGGUAUUCAGCCUGGGAGCGAUGGGGAGAUCUGGGCAAGAACUGGGCAGAAGAUACUGGAGGAGGCAACCAGCCUUUCAGAAGUUCAGCCCUGGAAGUUCAGGGGCUUCCAAUACAAAGAGAAUGAAGGUCCCCGAGGACUAUGCAGCCGACUCCAUUCCUUUUGUAGUCAAUGGUUGAGACCAGAAAAGCACACAAAAGCACAGAUGCUGGACCUGGUUGUUUUGGAACAGUUCUUGGCACUUCUGCCCCUGAACAUUGAGAGCUGGGUACGAGAGUGUGGAGCAGAGACCAGCUCCCAGGCGGUGGCCCUGGUGGAAGGUUAUCUCCUGAGCCAGGUGGUGGAGCAGAAGGAGAGGAUUGACUGGCAGUCCUUCAUGGUGGAGAUCAGAGAUCCUGAGGGAAGGAGACAUCCUUCAAGUUCAUCUCCGGAAAUCUCUCAGGAGGUUCCAAAUACGGACACGACCGGAGGGAAGAAUAGAGGGAAGUUGACCCUUCCUGAUGGUGGAACUCAAAGAAUGGUUGAAACUCCACUUCAAGAGGGCCUUGUCUCCUUCGAGGAGGUGGCUGUGUAUUUCUCCGAGGAGGAAUGGUCUCAGCUGGAUCCUGACCAAAAAGCUCUGCAUUGGGAAGUCAUGAUGGAAAAUUACAGGAACGUGGCCUCUCUUGGUGAUAAUGAGCAGGACCAUGAAGAGUCAAGGGAAUCAUUUCAUGGGUUCAAGCAUGGAGACGUAAUGGAGAAACCUGCAAUUCAAACAGAAUUCCACAGGCAGGAGAGAAACCCCUCAAGUAAUUGGAAUAAGUUAAGCUCAUCUUCCAUUGAGGCUCACAUGCAGGAGCUUCUUGAAGGGGGAAAAAUACAGAAGAAAAAUAUGGGGAAAGGUGUAAAACUAUCCAAAGCCACAUUAGAGGUAAAUGAACACUAUCCCUCCACAUCCAAAGACAAACGCAAAGACAAUGGAAAAAAUUACAGUUGUCCAUUUAAAUGCAUGGAGUGUGGAAAGAGCUUUAGCCAUCAAAGUGGCCUCAUUAAUCAUAAAAGGAUCCACACAGGGGAGAAGCCAUUUAAAUGCAUGGAGUGUGGAAAGUCCUUUGGUCAGAGCCAUCAUCUUACUUCCCAUCAAAGGAUCCACACAGGGGAGAAUCCAUUCAAAUGCAUGGAGUGUGGAAAGGGCUUCAGUACAAGCAGUGCCCUUACCAUCCAUAAGAAGAUCCACACAGGGGAAAGGUCAUUCAAAUGCAUGGAGUGUGGAAAGGGCUUCAGUACAAGCAGUGCCCUUACCAUCCAUAAGAAGAUCCACACAGGGGAAAGGCCUUUCAAAUGCAUGGAGUGUGGAAAGUCUUUUGGUCACAAACACAGUCUUACUUCCCAUCAAAGGAUCCACACUGGGGGGAAUCUAUUCAAAUGCAUGGAGUGUGGAAAGGGCUUCAAUACAAGCAGUGCCCUUACCGUCCAUAAGAGGAUCCACACAGGGGAAAAGCCAUUUAAAUGCCUGGAGUGUGGAAAGUCUUUUUGUCAGAGCCAUCAUCUUACUUACCAUCAAAGGAUCCACACAGGGGAGAAUCCAUUCAAAUGCAUGGAGUGUGGAAAGGGCUUCAGUACAAGCAGUUCCCUUACUGUCCAUAAGAGGAUCCACACAGGGGAAAGGCCAUUUAAAUGCCUGACCUGUGGAAAGGGCUUCAGUACAACCAGUGUCUUUAAGGUCCAUAAAAUGAUCCACAAAGGGGAAAAGCCAUUUAAAUGCAUGGAGUGUGGAAAGAGCUUCAGAAAAAGCCAUUUGCUUAAAUGCCAUCAAAGGAUCCACACAGGGGAGAAGCCUUUUACGUGCAUGGAGUGUGGAAAGAGCUUUAGGGUAAAGUAUUUUCUUAUAACCCAUCAAAAGUUCCACACAGCAGAGAAACCAUACAAAUGCGUGGAGUGUGGAAAGAGCUUCAGCUACUCCAGUGGCCUCAUUUUCCAUAAACGGAGCCACACAGGGGAGAAACCAUAUAAAUGCAUGGAGUGUGGAAAGGGCUUCAGAAUAAGCAGUGCCCUUACCGUCCAUAAAAGGAUCCACACAGGGGAGAAGCCAUUUAAAUGCAUGGAGUGUGGAAAGGGCUUCAGAAUGAGCAGCGCCCUUACCAUCCAUAAAAGGACCCACACAGGGGAGAAGCCAUUUAAAUGCAUGGAGUGUGGAAAGUCUUUUUGUCAGAUCCAUCAUCUUACUUCCCAUCAAAGGAUCCACACAGAGGAGAAGGCAUUCAAAUGCAUGGAGUGUGGAAAGUCUUUUUGUCAGAGCCAUCAUCUUACAUCCCAUCAAAGGAUCCACACAGGGGAGAAUCCAUUCAAAUGCAUGGAGUGUGGAAAGGGCUUCAGUACAAGUAAUACCCUUACUGUCCAUAAGAGGAUCCACACAGGGGAAAGGCCAUUUAAAUGUCUGGAAUGUGGAAAGGGUUUCAGUACAAGCAGUGCCCUUACUAUCCAUAAGAGGAUCCACACAGGGGAAAGGCCAUACAAAUGCAUGGAGUGCAGAAAGGGCUUCCGUACAAGCAGUGCUCUUACUGUCCAUAAGAUGAUCCACACACGAGGAAAGGAAUGGCUUGAUGUUGCUGUAAAACAACGGACUUUUCCAGAUUCCCGGGAUCGCCGCUGAAUCCAGGUUGCUGGGUGGUCCAUUUGGAGCUAAACCAUCCUAUAGAGAUGGUGAUAGGUAGGGGUAUAUCCUGCUGAUCCCAGAGACACCCGCAAAUUGUCUGGUAGUCCAGGAAAAAGCCCUUUUUCCAGCGACUUUGUGUCAGACAUUAGGCUGCUGAAAUGGCAGACAGCUCCAUAACACAAGGGCAGGAGAGAGGCAUGUCGUUUGGUGACAAUUUUAAAUUCUUUUUUUCUUUUUUGUAAAAGUUUUUUAAAAAAACAAAUAAAAACAUACAUAAAAAUAUCAUCAGUUACAUAUCUAUUUAGGAUGUCAUUUGGUCACAAACAUUUGUGCGUCACCGCUUUCGGUUGCAUAUAAGAUCAAUAGUUAUCAACCCAAUAUACAUUAGUAUAUUGAUUAUCAUUAUAAAUCACAUAUUCAUAUAAUGCUCUGUUAUAAUUUCUUCCUUUUAAACAUGUUUUCCUUUUAAACAUGUAUUCUAAAGGUUAAAUUCAUAUGUAUGCUAUCUGUUACAUCAUUAUAAAUUUAUUAAAUAGCAUAUCUUAAUGGUAUCAUCUAUCUUAUUCUGAUAUUUCUUACCUUAUAUAAGAAAAAAAAUCACCAACAUUGUAUAUUGGUGUAUCAUUAUUUUCAGUUAUAUGUAAAAUAAAAUAUCUAUCAAAUGUAUAUAAAUAUACCUUUCAUUGUGUCUCAUAUAUUCAACUACAAUUAUUUUUUCAUUUUAAACAAGAUGUUCUAAAUAUUCAAUUCAUAUAUAUACCAAUACUCCAUUACUUUGUUAUAACUCUAUACAAUCUAUAUAAGUGUAAUAUGUCUUUAUAAUAUCUCCUUUCGCAUUUUAUUAUUAUAAUUCAAAAUUAUGGUAAUUG